CAAUAGGGAUUAUGCCCUAUUAAGUCGUUUACUUUUGGGGAGUAAAACGAGAACAACACGCUGUCGUUUAUAUUUGAACUCAGUCGAAGAACACAUUUUCCUUCUCCCUUUCCCCAAUCAGAAAAGCAGUAAGGAACAGAGAUGGCAGACGAUUUGUUUGAAGGAUUGCCUCCUCCUUCUUCCAACACACACUUCCAGCCACCACCACCACCACCGGUUCUUUCCGUUUCCACCAUCAACAACACCACCGAAUCCUCUACAGUUCCCUCCGUACCAAAGCCAAUUCUCAAAAGUUCCCUCAAACGACCUAACCCUACUCAAUCCGAUAACACCCAAGCUGCAGCACCUAAAAAGAGUUUGAAGUUUAAAACCUCUACGGAUGCUUCUGAAGCUCAAGUUAUUGACGCUAUGAAGAAGAUAUCUUCGCAUAUCAAGAACCCUGCCAAAUUCAGCAAGGCUGCAAAGCUUGCCAUUCAGUUGAUUGAGGCAGGAAGUGUUAAGUCUGGAGUUAGUGAUUAUUUUUUCGCGAUAUUAGAAGCUGCAAUGCUGUCGCCUGUACCUUGUACAGAGCCUUCGGUGCGGGCAGAUUAUCAUUCUUUGUUCUCAGCAGCGCAGGAUGCGAAAGAACACUUCAAUAAGAAGCAGAAGAAUCAAUUGGCGACAUGGAUAAUUAAUGCUGUGGUAGCGAAUGAUUUAUAUACAGAUGAUAGCUUUGUGUUCUCGAAAGCAGCUACGCAAAUCAAGGAAGCUAUAUCUAACCUUCCUGCUGCGACAGAGGAGGAUGACACAGAAGAAGCAACGUCUCUGAAAGAUAUUACAGUUAUGGUAAAUGAAGGUGGUCAAACGCUUGCCACAAAUGAGGAUAAUAAGGGUGUGGAGGAAGCUGACCCAUUUGGACUUGAUGCUCUGAUUCCUGAAUCCACAAAGAAAAGUGCAAAGAAUGACGGAGCUAUCAAUAUAAGAAAGGAAGACGAGGAAGAAACUAAGCGAAUCCUUAAGUUACAAAGAAAAGCCCUCAUAACUUGUCUAGAGAUUGCUGCUCGGCGGUAUAAAACACCUUGGUGCCAAACCGUAAUUGAUAUUUUAGUGAAGCAUGCCUCUGAUAAUGUGGCAAGAUUUACAGCUCAUCAGAGGGAUGCUGUAGAGAAAUUGUGGGCUUCCAUACGGGAGCAACAGACUCGCAGGAAGCAAGGAAAGUCAGUUAAUGGAAAACUUGAUGUAAAUGCUUUUGAAUGGCUUCAACAAAAAUAUUCUACUGAGAAGAUUAGCAUUAGGCAUUCUGUUGGAGGAAGUGGAGACCGGCGUGCCACACAAUGGCUAGGUUAGGUUUUCUUGUUACAUUUUCUGUAAGAGAAAUAGAGGAUGAUAGUAAGUCAAAAGAAACUUCAAAAUGGCCAUGACAAGAAGAGUAAAAUGUUUUCUUCACUUUGUUGCUAGUGUUGUAACUUAUACUAGGUCUUAGACAUCUCUCCUGACUGAGUUUCACCCAAAACAUUGGUAGAAACUUUAUAAAACUUGAUUUUCUUCCCUCUUCAUUAGUAAAUUUAAGUUAUAAGUUUGUCAUUAAA